CACCAUGGUCGUCUACUACCAGAUCGCCGGCAAGAAGGUCGGCUCCCACUAUCUCGCCAUGGGUGUCCUCGGUGCCCUCUUCGGUGGUGUCAAGCUUGCCAUGGGCGGUGGCAGCCAGCCCAAGCCCGCUACUCCUCCUAUCCAGGCUUCCUCUAAGGACGAGGAGGAAUUCAUCACGUACGUUACCGAAGACCCUAAGCAGGCAGAGCACGCCCCUCUCUCCACUUCCGAAAAGGCGGCCCUUCAAGACUAUCGGAUGCAACUUCAGCUGUUGGAGCUGCAGGACAAGCGGCGGAAACAGCGGCUUGUGAAAGAUACUCGCGAAGGGCUGGAUGCCACGCCCCUUCCUAAUGGUCAGCCACCAGCUGCCUGAUCAGUUAGGGGUCUGCAAUGCAGACGCAGGGUGUACUCCGUUACCGCAGCCGCGCUCGAGCUAACGAAUUGGCUACAGGGACUUCCUGAAGCAGGUGAACGGAGACGACAAGAAGAAGGAUCAUUAAAGCCGAUGCAUCCCAUGCUAGAAUCGAGGACUAGUUGAAUCCAAUGUGCCCGACGUGCGAGAUUCAGUCGAGUCGAUUAUACACCGUGUGAGACCCAGAUGUAACGUGGCCGAGUCGGGCCAUGCCUUUCGCGCUUGAAACGUCUGUGACAUGUCGGGACUGGUUGACUUCUGAGGGUCAGGUGUGAAUCUGUACAUAUAGAGUAUACACCAUGCUUUCUUCA